AUGAAGUUGCUCGUUGUGCUGUCAGCCCUCGUGGCUUUCUCCGAAUGCUUCCAUAAGAUUCCCCUGAUCAAGGGAAAGACUGCCAGGCAAACCCUGCAGGAGAAAGGAUUAUGGGAGGACUACAGGAAGAUGUAUCCAUACAAUCCAAUGGCCAAGUUCAUCCAGUCUGGUACUGAGUCUAUGACUAACGAUGCUGACUUGUCCUACUAUGGUGUGAUCUCCAUUGGUACCCCUCCUCAGUCCUUCAGCGUCAUCUUUGACACCGGCUCCUCCAACCUGUGGGUCCCUUCAGUCUACUGCUCCAGCCAGGCCUGCGAGAACCACAGGAAAUUCAACCCUCAGCAGUCCUCCACCUUCAAAUGGGGCAGCGAGGCUCUGUCCAUCCAGUACGGCACUGGCAGCAUGACUGGGCAUCUGGCCAUUGACACUGUUGAGGUGGGAGGCAUCUCUGUGGCCAACCAGGUGUUUGGAAUUAGCAAGACAGAGGCUCCCUUCAUGGCUAGCAUGGUCGCUGAUGGUAUCCUGGGAUUGGCCUUCCAGUCCAUUGCCUCUGACAACGUUGUGCCUGUCUUCGACAACAUGAUCAAGCAGGGACUGGUGUCCCAGUCCUUGUUCUCCGUCUACCUGAGCAGCAACAGCGAGCAGGGCAGUGAGGUGGUCUUCGGUGGUAUUGACAGCAGCCACUACACCGGACAAAUCACCUGGAUCCCUCUGACCUCUGCCACCUACUGGCAGAUCCAAAUGGACAGUGUUACCAUCAAUGGACAGACUGUGGCCUGCAGUGGUGGCUGCCAGGCCAUCAUUGACACUGGUACCUCCCUGAUCGUUGGCCCAACCAAUGACAUCAACAACAUGAAUUCCUGGGUUGGAGCCUCAACCAACCAGUACGGAGAGGCUAUGGUGAACUGCCAGAACAUCCAGAGCAUGCCUGAUGUCACCUUCACUCUCAACGGACACGCCUUCACCAUCCCUGCAUCUGCCUACGUCUCUCAGAGCUCCUACGGUUGCAACACUGGCUUUGGCGGGAGUGGCCAACAGCUCUGGAUCCUGGGAGAUGUCUUCAUCAGGCAGUACUAUGCCAUCUUUGAUGCCCCAUCUCAGUACAUUGGUCUGGCCCAGUCUGUGUAA